AUGGGUAUGGGACAUCGAGCAUUGUUUGUUUGGGUACUGCUUCUGCUGGCUCUGAUCUUUCUUGUUGUCUAUUUGGAUGGUGGCCUCGAUGGCGAACCGUCGCUAUUUUUUGCCGUUUUGUUAUUCUUUGAUGCGAUUUUUUUAUCUCUGAUAGCUAUCAGAGUAGUGCGUCACUAUCAGAUAUGCGGUGUUGGCAGGCGCCGGUACGAUAUGAAUGCGCCUUAUCCGAUCCGAGCACUCGUUUAUCCGCUGGAGAAACGAGCAUCUGCGGUUGCAUUUGCAUUGCUGGUUUUCAAAGUUAUUUUUGAAGUGCUGCUAUUUAUUCGAUUAAAAUUUGGCCUGAUCCAGGUGUUCUGGCUUGCAGUGCCAUUCUGGCUAUUUCUUUCUGUGCUGAUUGCCGAAAUGACACAUCGUCUUAUAAGCAUACAUAAUAAACCAGCAAGUAAAAAUACUCGAUGA